GAUUGGGGGCAGAGCGAGGUGGCUGUUGGGAGGAAGUUCCCACCGUUUGUUUUACAGCCCCUCCAAAACAGGUUUGCACAGUAAAAUAGAGCCUCUGAUUUCCCUGUGUUAGUCUGACCAAUUGGAUUGAGUGUACAGCUUUCAACAACUCCCAUGGGCCUUCCUUCUCCGGAGCAGCCAUUUGUAUCUCAAUGGACAAAUCUCUCUGGGUUGCCUUUUGUCUGGCUACCGCUCUGCUCUUCCUUGACAAAUCCAACCAAGCAGAUGCUGCGGAGAAUGGGGAUUAUAUCAGCAAGGAUGCCGAUUCUGUUCGAGGAGGCGGGAAAGACUUGCCGAUGUUGUACGUCACAACCAUCUUGGAAGACCCCUAUGUGAUGGCCAGCGGCACUGAACUGGAGGGCUACUGCAUUGACCUUCUGCAGAAGCUGUCUGAAAUGCUUCACUUCAGGUACAAGGUGGGCAUUGUGAAGGAUGGGAAAUAUGGCACGUUGAACACCAACGGGAAUUGGACCGGGAUGAUUGGCGAGAUCGUGAGGAAGGAGGCAGAUCUGGCUGUCGCUCCGCUCACCAUCACAUCCACUAGGGAAGAUGUCGUUGACUUCACCCAGCCCUUCCUGCAUACGGGCAUCGGCAUCCUGCUCGAGAAGGACACCACCUUGGAAGACGCUUCCCUUUUCCAUUUCCUGGCCCCCUUCAGCAAGGAAAUGUGGGCCGGCAUCCUGGCAGCCUACGUUAUAUCCUCCCUCUGCUUGUUCCUGGCUGCCAGGGUGAGUCCCUGUGAAUGGGAUGGAAACGAAGACACUCCUUUUACCUUCCUGAACAGCCUUUGGUUUGGAGCAGGAUCACUUGCAUUACAAGGCGCUGUGCCUCCCCCCAAGUCUCUCUCUGUGCGGAUCAUCUCUGCCAUCUGGUGGCUAUUCAGCAUCGUCCUGCUGACCGCCUACAUUGCCGGCUUCAGCUUCGUUUUGGAGUCAGACUCUGACCAGCUCUCCAUCCAAACCUUUGAAGACCUGGUGAAGCAGAGGCACCUGGAGUUCGGGACCAUGGCGAGCUCUUCUACACUACUCUAUUUCAAGAACUCCAAGAAUCCAGUUCAGCAGAUGGUCUAUGAGUCCAUGAACAAAAAGAAGGACACUGUUUUUGCCCAGAACUACCACGAGGCCAUUCAACGAGUGCUGAAUUCAAAUUAUGCUUUCAUUGGGGAAACUGUCUCUCAAGAUCUAGCUGUUGCUCGGCACUGCAACUUGAUCCGGACUCCGGAGGUCCUUGGAGCCAGGGGCUUUGGCCUUGCUACCCCACAAGGGUCCCCUUGGACUAACAAACUGUCAGUGGCGAUCCUGAAACUCGGAGAAGCCGGUGAUCUCGACUACCUUCGGAGCAAGUGGUGGGAGAGCAGCUGCUCCCUGGACGACCACGACAAGUGGAGCCCACUGAAACCCCAAGCCCUUGGUGGAAUCUUUCUCGUCCUCGCCCUGGGCCUUGCGAUAGGAAUGAUCGUCGCACUUCUUGAAUUGUCCAAAAAAAGCCGGCGCACAGCUGACCAGGAGAAGAAGUCCUGCUGCUCCGUGUUCACCGAGGAGCUGAGCCAGCGCUUCCGACCAAGAGAAAUUAAGAAGCAAGAAACUGCAGGGAAAUCCAAACCGUGAGACGUGGUGGAGGUAGAAGGUCAAGCGAUAAUGAACUGUCUUCUUUUGACCCUACUGUAUAUUCCAUAGCGGAACUCUCUGAGCUCCUUCUAACUCCUUCUGGCUGGAAGGGGGAAAAAAAUUUAGAAUAGCUUCCUUUUAAUAACACAAACCUAUAAGGAAACUUCUGUGUAAUGUUGUACAUGAACGAAGAGGUCAGGGAAUUUGCUUGCGCCAGGGUUCUGGUUUCUAACCUUUCUAGUACUCAAGCCUGCUUGAGUGCGGAUUACCCUUUCCCGCAAACUGCGUUAGCAAAAUGAUGAGCACCGACGGCAGGCAUUUGGGGACCUAAUCAAAGCUAUGCAAACCGCCCAGUAAUGGGGUGGCCUUACAGAACAGCCACGGCUGGGUGAAUGAAAGCGUGCCGUCUUCAGGCAGAGAGGGGCAGAACUGAGCUUCUGGAUAAUCUCUUUUAAAGGAAGAGCACUGUUUCUGGCUGUUUGAGCUGUGAAUAGGUUGUUUAAGUGUGCAGGUAAGGGUGGUUGUGACGUCUCAGAGGGAUUGCUAGCUAGCAUUUCGGCCAGUUGCUGGCAGAGCUCUGGUUCCAGUUAAGUGUGUGGACUCUUAUCUGGGAGAACCAGGUUUGAUUCCCCCACUCCUCCACUUGCAGCUGCUGGAAUGGCCUUGGGUCAGCCAGAGCUCUGGCAGAGGUUGUCCUUGAAAGGGCAGCUGCUGAGAGAGCCCUCUCAGCCCCACCCACCUCAAAGGGUGUCUGUUGUGGGCGAGGAAGAUAUAGGAGAUUGUAAGCCACUCCGAGUCUCUGAUUCAGAGAGAAGGGUGGGGUAUAAAUCUGCAGUCUUCUUCUUCUUCCUGCACUUGUGCGGCUUCUUGCCUUUCCCCACAAUUUCCAACCCCCCCCUCCUCCAAGACUUUUAGGCAAAGUAGAACACGUGCUCUGUGUGUAGGAUUUACACAGGUUGAAGUUCUUCUUAUGGAGGCCCAGAAGAACUUCUUUUCCAGGAGAGUAUGCAGCCCUGAAAAACUGCCACUGUGGUUGCUGUUAACUGGUUGUUGUUCAUGAGGUGAGGGCAUUUAACCAAAUGUUUAAUGAAAUAUAAACCAACCAUCAUAAGGGGCUCCAUAGACCCCAGGCUGGGUCUGGCAGAAUGAAGGCAGGAGGCAUUCAAGAGAGUGCCACGUAAUCGACAAGGGGCUACUUGCCGGCUAGGACAGCAGCAUGCAUGUCUGUAACAACCAGGACUUCUUUCUUAAAAGGUCUCAGUGAAGUUCAGUUAUAGCUUAAACUCCGGCGUGAUUCACAAGCCCUGGUUAGUCUAGGGAGAAGGCUCAGAAGAUUCCAGGCCCUCCCAUGCUCUCUUCCUUCCCAUAGCUGCACACUUCUGCUUUUGCAGAAAGCCCUAGCUUAAAUGGAACAAUCUGCAGUCCCUUAAGAACAUCAGAAGAGCCCUGCUGGAUCAGACCAAACCAGCAUCCUGCCUUACCCAGCAGCCAUCCAGUUCCUCUGGAAGGCCUAUAACAGGGCACAGAGGCCAAGGCCUUCCCCUGAUGUUGCCUCCUGGCUCUGGGAUUCAGAGGAUGAGUGCCUCAGAAUGUGGAGGUUCCCCUUCCCACCUAGCCAGGAUUAAACAGUAACAAACUGGUUUUGCUACAGGAGUGGGGAAACAGUUCAUUCCUUUCCAAGCUGCAUUCAAAAUGUUGUAGGAGGAAGCCUGUCGCGAUGCCAGACGGUGACCUGAAGUUGCGACAGCUCAAAAUGUAGUACAGACAGAGCGCAAGCAACAGUGGCUUGAGAGACAAGAGCGUUGUGGUCCUGUGGGGGGUGGGAAGCUCAGGCAGCCAAUCUGUAUUGAGUGAAAGGGCUGACGAAUGAGAGGAUGCAGCCUGUUAGGGCGCAAGCGAAACGGAGAUGUUUUAUACGUGCUCUUGGCCCCUGUAGAGCUAUCGGAACGCCCUUCUAAGGGGCAGUGAGAACUUUAAAAAAAAAAAGAAAUAAAGGAAGCCAGUUUGCUUUGUAAACAGGACAAAGAAAUAGAAGCAUUUUUAUGUGUAUCACAAAACAUGACUAAAUAAAAGGAGUUGUGAUCAAA